GCCGCUGACGCCAGAGAGGCCGUUAGAGCGCUUACUUUUUUUUUUCACGGCGCCAUUUUGAAGCGGAGAGAGCUCGCACCGUCUGCGUCCCGUUCACCGUAGCAUCGCGUUACAGCUCGAUACCCAGCAUGGCGAACAGGAACCUGAGGCAAGUGCGCAUCGAGAAGAGCAACAACAAUAACGGCGGCGGUGGUAACUGCGAGGACAUGGCGUCCCGCCCGCAGCCGCUGCCCCAGGGCAAGAACAAGCGGCCCCUGGAGGUGAGCGAGGGCGACCCUUCCCUCAUGCCGCCCAAGAUGGAUGACGGGGAGGAGGAGAAGGGGGUGACCAUCGACAUCAAGAGCCUGCUGAAGCCCGGGGAGAAGCGCUACACCCAGCGCUGCCGCCUGUUCGUGGGGAACCUGCCCACCGACCUCACGGACGGCGACUUCAAGAAGCUCUUCGAGAAAUAUGGCGAACCGAGCGAAGUGUUCAUCAACCGGGACCGCGGCUUUGGCUUUAUCCGCCUGGAAUCAAGGACACUUGCAGAAAUUGCCAAAGCUGAGCUUGAUGGUAUGAUCCUCAAAAGCCGACCACUGCGUAUUCGUUUUGCAACACAUGGAGCUGCCUUAAGUGUUAGAAAUCUUUCUCCUGUUGUUUCAAAUGAACUUCUUGAAGAAGCAUUCUCCAUCUUUGGUCCUGUUGAGAGAGCUGUGGUUAUUGUGGAUGACCGUGGCAGAACAACUGGCAAGGGUUUUGUAGAAUUUGCUGCAAAGCCCCCAGCAAGGAAGGCUUUAGAUAGAUGUUCGGAAGGAGCAUUUAUAUUGACAACAACUCCUAGGCCUGUUAUUGUGGAACCAAUGGAGCAGUUUGAUGAGGAAGAUGGCUUGCCAGAGAAAUUCAUGAACAAGACACAACAGUAUCUCAAGGAACGGGAAGAACCACCACGUUUUGCUCAACCUGGAACAUUUGAGUUUGAAUAUUCUUCAAGAUGGAAAGCACUGUUUGAGAUGGAAAAGCAGCAGAGAGAACAGGUUGACCGAAACAUCAGAGAAGCUAAAGAGAAAUUGGAGGCCGAAAUGGAAGCAGCAAGACAUGAACAUCAGCUGAUGCUCAUGCGCCAAGAUCUCAUGCGGCGCCAAGAAGAGCUUCGAAGACUGGAAGAUUUGAGGAAUCAGGAACUCCAAAAACGCAAGCAGUAUCAUAUGAGGCAUGAGGAAGAACAGAGGCGUCGGGAAGAAGAAUAUGUUCGCCAACAUGAUCCAGAGGAAAUAAGGCGUCAAGAGGCGUUCAAGUCAAGCUACAUGGAUGCCACUUUCGUGCCAAAAAAGAGGGUUCGAAGAGGAAGAAGGGGAGGAAAAAAAGUGAGAAAUAUGGAGAAAAAGAAGAAACCCAAAAGUGAGGAAGCUGAAAAGGGGAGCGAAGAGCUGAGAGAACAGGAUAUGAGAAUGGGUGAUAUGGGCGUCCGAGGAUCAAUAAACAUGGGAGAUACCUAUAGCCAAGCACCUGCUGUUAGCCAAGGCCCUCCUCCAAUGAUGGGGAUGAGCAUAAACAGCCGAUCGACCAUGCCUGGCCCUGCAAUGGGUUCUGGUACCACGAUGGCUACUGAGGGAGCUGCAAGCCUUGGAGCAGCGAUGAUGCCGGAUGAUGGAACAGUGCGCAAUGAUAGAUUCCCACAAGCAUCUCCAUCACAGAUGGGCUCCCCCCUGGUUAACAGAGCAGGAACAGAAGCUGCUCAACCAACCAUGGUUGGUGUAAGUGCAGUUGGUGGUGGUGGUGGUGGACCUACUGGCUUUGGUAGAGGAAACCAAGGGGGAAAUUUUGAAGCGGCUAACAAACGACGUCGUUAUUAGCACAUCAUUCCAUACUGUGUAGAAUACAUUCAGUGAAAGAUUCCAGUGGAAUGCCUUUAUUUUUAUUUUUAAAUUGUCAUUUAAGACCUUUUUCUUGCCGUAUGUGUAGUAUUUGUAAGAACCUCUUUUGUUAUGUAACCUCAUACCUUUUGUGUUUUGGCCAAUAAUAUGUGAUUAACAUGCAUCAUUGUGAAAAGUUUGAACGUGACUGUGAUUUACACUAAAAAACAUGUUAUAGUUCGCUACAUGCGGUUAUAUAAACACAAUAAAAGAAAACGACAUGUUGGAUUGUAUAAUGCAAUUUUUAACCGUAGCAGUUCAGUCUGUAGCCUCAAUAAAGGAAGAGGGAAUUUUA